UUCCCAGGACCCAGCCUUCUCGACGUUCUCGUCUCGUAAAAGCCUUGCGGGUGUUUAGAGAGUUCCAGAACUCCAACCCACCAAACCCCUCUUCCUCUCUCGCUCUCUGUUGGUGCGGAUCACUCUCGAGAUUGCCAUCACCUGGUCGUCUAUAUCAGUUGAUUUUCAAGGAAGAUGAGCGUAGUAGGUUUUGAUUUUGGGAAUGAGAGCUGCAUUGUGGCCGUUGCAAGGCAGCGAGGAAUUGAUGUCGUUCUCAACGAUGAGUCCAAGCGGGAGACCCCUGCAGUUGUGUGUUUUGGUGACAAGCAGCGGUUCAUUGGGACAGCAGGGGCUGCUUCAACUAUGAUGAACCCAAAGAAUGCAAUUUCUCAGAUUAAGCGGUUGAUUGGCCGGCAAUUCAAUGAUCCUGAAUUGCAGAGGGAUCUUAAGUCUUUUCCUUUCAGUGUUACAGAAGGGCCUGAUGGAUAUCCUUUGAUUCAUGCAAGAUACCUGGGAGAAGUAAGGACAUUUACGCCGACCCAACUUUUGGGAAUGGUGUUUUCAAAUCUGAAAACCAUAGCUGAGAAUAAUUUGAAUGUAGCAGUUGUUGAUUGCUGUAUUGGGAUUCCUGUUUAUUUCACUGAUCUUCAAAGAAGGGCUGUUUUGGAUGCAGCCACAAUUGCCGGCUUGCACCCACUCCGCUUACUUCAUGAGACUACAGCAACAGCCUUGGCUUAUGGCAUUUAUAAGACAGAUUUACCCGAAAAUGAUCAAUUGAAUGUUGCCUUCGUUGAUAUUGGACAUGCAAGCAUGCAGGUCUGCAUUGCUGGUUUUAAAAAGGGCCAGCUGAAAAUAUUAUCUCAUUCGUUUGAUCGAUCUCUUGGUGGUAGAGAUUUUGAUGAAGUGCUAUUCCAGCACUUCGCUGCAAAAUUCAAAGAAGAGUACAGGAUUGAUGUCUUACAGAAUGCAAGGGCUUGCCUUAGGCUUCGUGCUGCCUGUGAGAAGCUGAAGAAGAUGCUCAGUGCAAAUCCAGAAGCACCUUUGAACAUAGAGUGCCUAAUGGAUGAGAAGGAUGUCAGAGGUUUCAUCAAGCGGGAGGAGUUUGAACAGAUCAGCAUUCCUAUCUUGGAACGUGUUAAGAGACCAUUGGACAAGGCUCUUGCAGAUGCUGGUCUCUCCGUUGAGAAUGUUCAAGUGGUUGAGGUGGUUGGUUCAGGGUCUCGUGUUCCCGCUGUAAUUAAGAUAUUGACAGAGUUCUUCAAAAAGGAGCCUAGGCGCACAAUGAAUGCGAGUGAGUGUGUUGCCAGGGGAUGUGCUCUGGAAUGUGCCAUUCUUAGCCCAACGUUUAAAGUACGAGAAUUUGAGGUCAAUGAGAACUUUCCAUUCUCAAUUGCUUUGUCAUGGAAAGGUUCUGCUCCAGAGGCUCAGAAUGGGGCAGCAGACAAUCAACAAAGUACAAUCGUUUUCCCCAGGGGAAAUCCUAUACCAAGUUGGAAGGCUGUGACAUUUUACAGAUCGGGCACGUUCUCUGUUGAUGUGCAAUAUGCUGAUGUGAGCGAACUACAAGCACCCUCAAAGAUUAGCACAUAUACGAUUGGUCCUUUCCAUUCUACGAAAAGUGAGCGUGCAAAAGUCAAGGUGAAAGCCCGUCUGAAUCUGCAUGGAAUUGUGUCUGUUGAGUCAGCUACUCUAUUGGAAGAAGAAGAAGUUGAAGUUCCAGUCUUGAAAGAGCCAGCAAAGGAAGAUGCUAAGAUGGAUACCGAUGAAGCUCCUAAUGAUGCUUCUCCCCCAAGCUCCACUGAAACUGAUGUAAAUAUGCAAGAGCAAGAUGCUAAGUGUUCUUCUGAUGCUUCUGGGGUUGAAAAUGGUGUUCCCGACUCAGGAGACAAGCCCGUGCAGAUGGAAACGGAAACUAAGGUUGAGGCUCCAAAGAAGAAGGUAAAAAAGACUGUCAUACCUGUAGCAGAGAUUGUUUAUGGUGGAAUGGUUCCAGCUGAUGUGCAAAAAGCAGUAGAGAAGGAGUUUGAAAUGGCUUUGCAAGAUCGAGUUAUGGAAGAAACAAAAGACAGGAAGAAUGCUGUCGAGGCUUACGUCUAUGACAUGAGAAACAAGCUUAAUGAAAAAUAUCGGGAAUUUGUCACUGAUUCAGACAGGGAAGAGUUUACUUCUAAACUUCAGGAGGUGGAAGAUUGGUUGUAUGAAGAGGGUGAAGAUGAAACCAAAGGUGUUUAUGUUGCCAAGCUCGAGGAACUCAAGAAGCAAGGUGAUCCCAUUGAGGAGCGAUACAAAGAGUAUGUAAACAGGGGAGCUGUAAUUGAUCAAUUUAAUCGUUGUGUUAAUAGCUACAGAGAAGCGGCAGUGUCAAAUGAUCCCAGAUUCGAUCACAUUGACAUCUCUGAGAAACAGAAGGUCGUAAAUGAAUGUGUGGAGGCAGACUCAUGGUUAAGAGAGAAACAACAGCAGCAGGACACACUUCCUAAACAUGCUAGUCCGGUUCUGCCAUCUGCUGAUGUGCUAAAGAAAACUCAAGCACUUGAUGGGUUUUGUAAACCAAUAAUGAUGAAACCAAGGCCAGCGCCAGCCAAGCCAGCUACUCCCGAAACACAACCAACCCCGCCUCCUCACACCCGCGAGCAGCAAUCACAGGGUGGUGAUGCCAAUGCAAAUGCCAGUCCUAGUGCCGAGAGGGAAGCAGAUGACAAAGGUGAGGUACCAUCGGCCUCUGAAGAUCCAAUGGAAGCAGAGACCUCUGCCCCUUCUGCGUAGCUCUGUGGUGUGGUUAUGGCCUUUUAAUGUUACUUAAGUCGUUCUUAUGUAUAAGAACUUUUUCGAUAUGUUUUGUCAUCCUUUUUUGUUUGGAGUCUACGAAGCCUUCUCUGUUGUGGCGGUCUGCCAAAUUUUACAGCUAAUUAGGGUGGAUCUCCAUGAUACCUUUUUUUUUAUAAUUUUUUUUUAUUUCCCUUAAAAGGAGGGUUGCAAGAGAAAUGCUGUUAUGCUCUCCCAGAUUCUUGCAAGGGAAGAGAAACAGAAGGUUCUCAAAUGCUUUUGUUCUUUAAGGUUGUAUGCUUUGCCCAAGUAAUCUUUGCAAUUUGUUUCUCAAAUA